UCUUAUUUUCUAUUUUUGCCCUGUUGAUUACAGAGUUUCCGCGACCACUGUUCAGUGCUCACUGGAGAGGAAUCAUACGGGAAAGAAAAAGGAAGAGAUGACUUCAGUACAAAUCGCACCGUUUACCCCUUACCCAGUUCAAUUUUCCCGCUAUGACAGCCCAAUAAACCUUAAAUUCUCUCUUAAAACCCCUGUGCAGUUCCUCCCAAGUUUUUCAACAGCAGCCAAAUAUCAACAUACCCACCACUCCAAUCCUACUAACCCUGUACAAUCCAGUCCCAAAACCAAAAUCUCUAUACAAUCCAAUCCCAAAAGUAAGACCCUCCAAACCGAAACCUCUGUACAACCCAAUUCCAGAAACAAGACUCGUAGACAGGAAGAUGGCAUCCCAACCGAAGACAUCCAAAUCAUUGCCAAAUUCAAAUCCAGAUACAAUUACAUUCGCGUUCUCGAAGUCUCCCGAAAAGUGGACCACCCUCUUGCGGGUUCUCGACUUCUCCUUCUAGAUGAUCCUGGAAAUAUCCACAGCAUUUCCUUUAGCCACAAAUUACUCACUAACACCUAUUUCGACGUAUUCGCCACUUUGCCUCCGAUUUUGCCUCCCGGACCUGUAGCCAUUCUAGGUUUCGGGGCGGGUUCAGCAGCCCGGUUGAUACUAGAAUUAUAUCAAAAUGGAAGGGUUCACGGAUGGGAGCUUGACCCAUCUGUGAUUGCAGUGGGGAGAAAGUAUUUUGGGCUUGAAAGACUCGAAAGAGAUUUCUCAGAUAGGCUUUUUAUUUACAUUGGAAAUGCAUUGUCCUUAGAAUCUUAUGUUAGAGACGGAUUCUCCGGUAUUCUUGUUGAUCUCUUUAGCAAAGGUAGUGUUAUACCUGAGCUUCAGGAUCCGAACACUUGGGAAGAGUUCACUAGGUGUUUGAGGAAAGGUGGGAGAAUAAUGGUGAAUGUUGGGGGUCGUUGUGUGGAGGCAGAAGAUAAGAGAAGAGACGGCGCUGUGGUUAUGCAGGAUACUUUGAAGGCAAUGCAUCAGGUUUUUGGUGACAAUCUUUUUGUUUUGAGUCUUGGAAGUCAAAAUGAUGAUAGCACGAUUGCCCUUACUGGUGAGUUGCCGGAUCUUGAUGCAUGGAAAUCGGUGGUUCCGCGGUCACUGAGGUUUUAUAUGGAUAUGUGGACACCAUAUAGCAGUUAGUCAGUCUGAUGGAUUGCAGAAAGACUUCAUUGCAAGUUUCUGAGUUUGGAAAUGGCCAAAUGAAUAUGGUUUCGGCCAGAGGUAGCUUUGGAUGCAGAAUUCUGGAGACUGCCGGUAAUUUAAAUCUGUGCCAUUUCGUAGCCUAAGGUCGAGAACUCCAUCUCCGCCACCACCAUCAGUCCAAAUCUGACAAACAUCAUUAGGUGCUGGCAUACCUCCUCUACAGGCUGUAGUAGCUAGCUAUAUUUAUGAGUUUGUUCCAUUACUGUUGCUUUUUAAGCAAGCAGUGGAUUUUUCUGCAUAUUAAAACUUUGUUAGUGUCUGUUGAAGCUUUGGCAGCUUAAAAGCAAUGCUAAAAUAUUGAUACAUUGUCAAUUUUGCUUCAGUUAUUUGUUCUUUAUUCAAUAGGACAAACUUUCAGCCA